CCCAGCUGCAGCAGGAAGUUCACUCUUGUGACUGUCGCUGGCGCAUUUGCAGCGUGAAAAACGCAGUGGAUCCGCUCCGUGUGACCCUCCCCUAAGGUGUAUUCACACGUACAGUAUGCUGCAAAUUCCAAUCUAAACGAAAGCAUCGAAGAUGGUAUCAAAUCUGCGCAGGAUACUGUAUGUGUGAAUAGACCCAUAGGCUGAAAACUGCCACUGCAUUUUUGUUAAAAAAAACAACAAAAACUCUGGGUAUGGCUUUUUGUGGUGUUUUUUACUACAAUAUGUGUGGGGGGGGGGGGGGGGGGGGGCAUGUAAGAUGCUGCUUUUUUUCUUGCAUUUUUCCCCCCCAAGUUUUUUAAUAAAAAUCUUUGAGUCACAUUAUUAAUGACAUGACUUGUAAUGAGAAAAACGUAGGGGAUAAAACACAAAAUAAACGCCUUUUUGUGGAGUUUUUACAGACCAAGAAAAAUGCCAAACAAAUGUUGUCUGUAGUCCUAUUUCUUUAGUAUUCACUUUUUUUGUUCAUUUAUUCUCUGCCCACGGAGUAGAUUUUAGAAAGAACAUUUUGAAAGAAGAUUUUGAAAUAAAAAAUAAAAUUAACAGCCUCAAACUCUAAAAAUCCAGGUAAAUCACGUCCCCAACAUGACUGAAAGAAAGAUUGGUGAGCAAAGUGCAAAUACAUAACUAAUUUGCUGUAAAAUGGCACAAAUUAUGCCAAAAUAUAAGUGCAAGAGCAGAAAGCUACAAAUAUAGGAAGAGACAAAUAUCACAAUAGGCUCUCUGCGAUCCUUCUGUUCAUUUGCUGAUCAUUUUCUCUGUGAUCUCUCCGUCCAUUUGCUGAUCAUUUUCUCUGAUCCUUCCGUCUAUUUGAUGAUCAUUUUCUCUGCAAUCCCUCUGGAGCAUUUUCUCUGUGAUCCCUCGGUUCAUUUGCUGAUCAUUAUCUGUGUGAUCCCUCUGUCCAUUUGCUGAUCACUUUCUCUCUCAUCUCUCCAUCUAUUUUCUGAUCAUUUUCUCUGCGAUCCCUCCUGAUCAUUUUCUCUCUGAUCCCUCCAUCUGUUUCCUGAUCACUUUUUCUGUGAUCCUUCUAAAUCUCAGGUUAUGAGUUUGGAGGUACACUCUCCAGGUUGUCUUCUGCUAUGUCGCCCCACUUUUGCGUAAUCUUUUUUUUUUUCAUCUCUUGUUCAUACAAUCUGUCAAAGAUCAGUGCUGAUCGAUAUAUUGCAGUGUGGGGAGUGAGUCUAACAAUAACUAUUACCGCAUGGAUGUUUUGGUAUAUGUGAACCCCCUGGUGAUGUCAUCUAGUUCUCUUCAUUGACUGUGACUUCUAUCACGACAGACAAGCAGAAGAUAAUUCUUUGAGUUUGUGAAGACAUUUUGGCCUUGAUACUUUCUAUGUCUGCUUCAUUGUGGGGAUCUCGGCCAUUUUGCCGCUCUCCUGAAGAGUUUCCAAUACAUCAGAAUAAAGUUAUCAGGACUGUGAGAAACUGAAACAAACCUGGACGUUUUAUAUUCUGGUUUAUCAUGUGAAAUUCCCACUUAUCGUAGUCCAGCCUCUCUUGUUAACUAUUUGGGGUAUAUGCAUGGUACAGAUGUGUCCACCAUCUCCUCUGUGUUAGUCUACAUAGUUACUACAGAUUCUCAUCAUUAGCUCUACUGCAAUUCCCUUAAUGGGACAGUAAACCUUUAAAUACAGUAACUGUUAAAAAUGUAUUAAAAUAUAGUUGUCCUUAUUGACCAUAUUUUAUUGUACAAGACAGCAGGGACCACAGGGAUCAACCACAGUGUUGGAGCUUAGACAAGAGGGUUGGGCUUAAUGAUGCUUUUUGCCGAGUCCCUAAUAGAGUGGAGGGGGGAGGCUCCUGCUGCAGUCCAGUUAUCCCACAGCCUGAUACUUUUAGAUUUCCCAGUUUUAUUUGUGAUAUAAAGUAAAAUAGGAUCAAAGGACAGAUUAAGAGCAGGUAGAUGUGGGAUCCUUUUUUUUUUUUCCUUACUUUUUUGCACUUGAAGUGUGGGAACUGUCAGCAAGAGGUUUUUAUCAUUAAGUUCUAAUACAUUGUUGUAUAAAAACAAUUUUUAUGCCUGUUAGGGCUUAUUCACAUUGCCGUCGGGCUUCGGUAUACGGAACUCUGUUGGCAAGUCCAUCUGAAUGACAGCAGUUUAGCGGGGGAAAAAUUGUGCAUGCAAGUUUUUUCCCCUUCUGUUAACUACCCGAUCCUCAAUGGACCCCAUUUAAGUCAAUCCGUCGUGACCUGGUGGAGUCAGUUGUGCUUCGACCCCUUUUGGGGCUGUUCAUUGUGAAAAAAAGACAAAUGGACUCACAACAGAACAGCAGUGUGAACCUAGCCUUAGCCUCCAGGUAUAAAACAAGGGCAUUAUUAGGACGAAUCUCCUGAAAAGUCAUGUCUACCAUGGAGGUUCUUAUCCAAUGGUGUGAGGAGGAAAAUAGGUUAUAUUCACCCUCAUCUAUAACAAAUGUAUUUGCCUACCCUAAAGCUAUAGAGCAAUGUUUCCCAAUCAAGGUGUCUCCAUCUGUUGUGAAACUACAACUCCCAGCAUGGACAGACAUCCUUUGGCUGUCUGGGCAUGCUGGGAGUUGUAGUUUUGCACCAGCUGGAGGCAUCCUGGUUUGGAAACAGUACUGUGGAGGAUCGAACCAGAGUCCUUGUCCCAACAUGCACAGAGACCGUUCCCAUCAGGGACAAAGUCAAUUCAUCGUUAGAGUUGAGGUUCUUAUCUAUGUCUGGUCCUCACAGAGUUUUCGUCUCACAUUAGACGACCCCCAGAAUUUGGUAAAUUGGUAGUGCACCAACGUAACAUCAUACAUGUCAGUCUCCUGUGGCGUCCUCUAUAUAGGAGGUGAUCAUCUACAUAUACGGCUAUUAACCUCCGAACUUCUUGGACGUUCCUGGAUUUUUGUUUUUGUUUGUUGAUCAUUGUAUGCUUUCCAGAGAAGUUAUAGAACAGAUGCUUUUGUAUAAUUAUGAAUCAAAACCUUUUCUGAAAAUCAUUUUCAAUUAUUCAGGACGCUUAGAACGGAAUGGAUUGCCAGGUUUUCUAUAUGCCCUGACAUCCCACAUAUUGAUGCUUGUGCAACCUUUGUUGCCUUUUUUUAAAUAUUUCUAGAAGGAUGAUUUUAGUUUCCUAUUAAAGCUUCUCCUUCCAUCGAAUGAGGCUGAAAAGGGACAGGGCACAUAUUCCAUUCUUUAGAGAUCUAAGGUUCUCCUAUAUCUCUUCAUCAGGAACAGUUUUUUUUUUUUUUUAAUGCAAAAAUUUGGAUAACUGGGUCCUGUGUGCACCCAGUGUAUAGGCCUUAAGCUCAGAAGAGGUGAGUUAACAGAAUGAUGUUAAGGUCCCAUCCGAAUUUAGAUCACCUCCGUGUGGUGGAUGGCGAACAAGUUGUGAUCAUAAAGUGAACAAAUAGUCUCAAAUGUUUAAUUUCUAGUUAAUAUAACAAUAAUGCAAAGUUUUCCAUAUCCACAGUGCUGAUAUCCCUUAGGUGACCGCUUCUUCACACUAUCUAUGCUUCUUCCGGCCCAGUGACCUAUCAGAAGAGCUGUUCAUGAAGAUACCAUGGUUCCUGAAGGCGGACUACACGGUACACGUAGCCAUCAAUGACUAUCUGGAAAUCUACUGCCCGCACUACGACCCCCACGUCCCCGAGGAGCGGACAGAGAACUUUGUGCUGUACAUGGUGGAUGGCGAGGAUUACGGGGGCUGCUCUGCGUCGACCAAAGCCUCAAAGCGCUGGGAAUGUAACCGACCACACGCCCCCGCCGGGCCUGUCAAGUUCUCCGAGAAGAUUCACCGCUUCACCCCCUUCUCUUCUGGCACCGAUUUCCGUGAGGGGCAGGAUUAUUACUAUAUUUCCAUCCCGCUGAGCGAUAGUGUUGGUGAAUGUCUAAAGCUCCGUCUGUCUGUCUGCUGCCGAGCCACAACCAAACCAGUCACUGCGGUCCCCAAAUCCCAACCGCGAGGAGGAGAGCUGGCUGAGGGAGAUCCCAGGAGGCGGAGUGGUAGCUCCUCGCCCCCCGCCCUCUAGGUUCUCCGGACUCCACCUUCUUCUCCUGUGCCUUGUUCUCCUCUGCUUCUGAUGCUGCGGGCCGGGCCCUUCUGCAGUGUCCUCUCCUCCAGGACAGCGGGGCCCCGGGACCUUCCUGGAGGGAAUUGGUGGUUUCUGAAAUUGUGCACUUUAUCUUGGACCUAGCAGACCGCGCCUCCAGCAAUCUGCAGUGAGUGACCCCGGAGCCCGAGCCCUGCAAGGUAGGUGACCUGAAGAGCUUACAGUCUAGUGUG